AUGUCUCGCAACAUUCGUCAAAAGUACCCCGCAGCUGCGGCCAAAGCCCAGAAGCGUCGGCGUGGCUCGGACACAUCAUCAUCUCUUGAUCUCUCCGACGAGGAGGGCUACUCGGCCGUCGAGGACAUCAGUGACUCCGAGGACAACGAUGAGGAGGAUGUAAUUGCGGUCGAGGAGGAAAUGAUACUCACAGAGGGCUUACCCAAUGCCUCUGGCGCUCCUCGACCGCUGUCGGAUGACGACGCCGAAGAAGAAGACGCUGGCAACGAUAACGACGACGACGAUGACGAUGAGGACGACGACGAUGUCGAAGAGGAGGCUGAGGAUGAAGAUGACGGGGAUGCUGACAAUACCAGCUGGGCCGGCAUCUUGUCAGAAGUGGACGACGAGCACGACUUCUAUCACGAUCCCAACGCCUUCGCUUCGGACCCCGUCGUAGAGCGCCAUGUUCGCUUCGACGUGCCGGACAGCGACUCUGAUUCCACGGAAACAGAAGACGACCAUGCCGAUCUAUUCCCCGACAUUUUCGUCUCGCAAAAUGCCCUCGAUCCUGCCUUCCGCAAGGAGAUUGAACAUGACCCUGAUGAGUCCUCCGGCUCCAACUCCUUCUGGGACUACCACGGCCAUUACGAGGAAGAAGAGGAAGAGGACUCAGACUCUGAAGCCGAGGAAGAGCCUUUGGAGCUUGAUGGUUAUGAGUCUGAUGGCGACACAACUGACGAAGAAGACAUUCCCGAGCCCAUCAUCCGCAAGAGGAGUCGGCGCCAGUCUAACGCAAUGAGCGACGACGAGGCAUCGAAUUCCGAGGCAGACUCGCCCGUCAAGCCAGAGCGUGGCCAGCCUCGCGUGGGCCGCUUCAACCUUGACCGGUCGGACAAGAAGCCCAUCGCUGUGCUCAACCCACUGACGCGCAAGAUGAUGAUCUUCACGCCCACUCGACGGCACCAGCUCGACCUGUCCCCUGAGCAAUUCAACUUUCCCUGGGCGAUUGAGGCUGAGCAUUCGCCUUCGCUGCUCAGCAACUCAGCCAACAUGAUGCUCAGCGCCAUGUUCUCUUCCAACACCUUUGGUGACUUUGUCAAUGCACAGGCGAUGGGCCCCGCGGAGGCAUUCUUCCCCUUCCCAUCCGAGGCUAACGCCGACGAUAGCUCAACCGCCCAUAGCAUGGAGGAGGAAGAGGAGGAGGACGAUGAAGAAAAGCUCAACAUCAAUGACUUCAUCACGUUUGGUGAGGGCGACGAUGAUGAGUCGUCUGGCGACGAAGGAAACGACAACAAAUGGCGUGCGUCACCCAAUCGCCCGACCACUGCCUCGAGCGACAUGGGAGAAGUCCUGUCGCAUCUGAACCCAAACACUGUCGGCGCCUUCCGCCGCAAUCAAAUCAACCAGCAGCUGAUUCUGAGCAACCAAGCGACCCAAGACUCCCUGGCCUUUAGCGGGCCGUACAACUACACUGCCCUUAGGGGCUUGAAGUCGGAUCGCUUCGACACGGCAGCUAUUCCUUUGACUCCAGCCCGGCGGCAUAAGAAGCAGCUGAGCGAUAUGGCCCGCGGCCCUGUCAACGCCUUGUCUGCAAAGCGCAAGGCUACGAGCGAGGCUAGCGGAAGCAGCCACAAAAAGCAUCGAAGUAUCUCUUCCGAAGUCAACGCCCUAGGGCUAUGA